CGGGCAGGCAUCGCGGGUGCAGGAGACCUCGGCCGGCGGGGGAGCAGGGCUCUCGAGAGCCCCGGGAGCUGGCAGGUCCGCCCGUGGACCACGACAAGCUGGCAUUCGCGGGAGUCGGGCACAGCUGACCACUAGCGACCCGCAGCUCACGGCGAUGGUGACUGGCGUGAGCCUCCUGCUGCGCGCCCUACCGCUGGUGUUGUGGGGCUGCCGGGAUGCACAGCCCGCCCGGCUAGGAUACCCGGAGCUGCGCCAGGAGGCGGAGGCAUUCCUGGAGAAGUACGGAUACUUCAGCGAGCAGGGCUCCAAAGCUGCGGCCUCCACUCAGUUCAGCAAUGCCAUCAGAGAGUUCCAGUGGGUGUCGCAGCUGCCCAUCAGUGGUGUGCUGGACCAGGCCACACUGCGUCAGAUGACACGUCCGCGCUGUGGGGUUGCAGAUACUGACAGUCAUGCAGCUUGGGCAGAAAGGAUCAGUGCCCUGUUUGCUGGGCACCGGGCCAAAAUGAGACGUAAGAAACGCUUUGCAAAGCCAGGUCACAAGUGGUACAAGCAGCAUCUCUCCUACCGCCUGGUGAACUGGCCUGAGCGCCUGCCUGAGCCAGCUGUGCGAGGGGCCGUGCGAGCUGCCUUCCAGUUGUGGAGCAACGUGUCAGCGCUGGAGUUCUGGGAGGCCCCGGCCACGGGCCCUGCGGACAUCCGCCUCACCUUCUUCCAAGGGGACCACAAUGAUGGGCUGGCCAAUGCCUUCGAUGGCCCAGGAGGCGCCCUGGCCCACGCCUUCUUGCCCCGCCGGGGCGAAGCGCAUUUCGACCGGGAUGAGCGCUGGACCCUGAGCCGCCGCCGCGGGCGCAACCUGUUCGUCGUGCUCGCGCACGAGAUUGGCCACACGCUCGGUCUCGCGCACUCGCCCGCGCCACGCGCGCUCAUGGCUCCCUACUACAAGAAGCUGGGCCGCGACGCCCUGCUCAGCUGGGACGACGUGCUAGCAGUGCAGAACCUAUAUGGGAAGCCUCUGGGUCGCUCAGUGGUCACUCAACUACCCGGAAAGCUAUUUACUGACUUUGAGGCCUGGGACCCUCACAGUUCCCGGAGGAUACGCCCGGAAACCAGAGGUCCUAAAUACUGUCAUUCUUCCUUUGAUGCCAUCACUGUAGAUGGGCAAUGGCGGCUGCACGUCUUCAAAGGGAGCCACUUCUGGGAAGUCACAGCGGACGGCAAUGUUUCAGAGCCCCGUGUGCUACAGGAAAGGUGGCCUGGGCUGCCCCCCAAUAUUGAGGCUGCUGCAGUGUCCCUGGAAGAUGGAGACUUCUACUUCUUCAAAGGGAGUCGAUGUUGGAGGUUCCAGGGCACGAAAUCUGUAGGGGGUAACUCACAGCUGUGCCGGACUAGAGGUCUGCCCCGUCACCCGGACGCAGCUCUUUUCUUCCCGCCUCUGCGCCGACUUGUCCUCUUCAAGGGCUCCCGCUACUACGUGCUGGCUCGAGGGGCGAUGCAAGUGGAGCCCUACUAUCCCCGCAGCCUGAGAGACUGGGCCGGGGUCCCUGAGGAGGUCAGUGGCGCCCUGCCAAGGCCGGAUGGCUCCGUCGUCUUCUUCAGAGAUGACCACUACUGGCACCUAGAUCAAGCCAAACUGCGGGUAACCAGCUCUGGCCGCUGGGCCACAGAGCUGCCCUGGAUGGGCUGUUGGAAUGCCAACUCAGGAGGUGCCCUCUUCUGAAUGAACAGUUGAACCGUGAUUGCUCGCCCCACCUGAG